AAAACUCUUACACAAAACACAAACAUGUUCGAUGGAGUACCAGACCAGUUCCAUCAAUUCAUAACUCCAAGGACCUCACUACCUCUUCACUUACCCUUCCCUCUACAUGCUUCUGCAACCCCAAGUAACUUUCCUACUUUUGAUCCUUAUAACCCUUCUCAUCAUCAAUUGCCACUCCAACACAAUCUCUUGCACCCAUUACAACACCACUCUUCUACCCACAAACAUGAAGAAGAGAAGGAAGAAAACAGUACAGUGUCAAUGAGCUUAGAAAUUCAAAGAGAUCAAGCACAGUUACCCGAGCUGAUUGAUCCUUGGAGUAACGACGAAGUGCUUGCACUGUUAAGGAUCAGAUCUAGCAUGGAGAGUUGGUUCCCAGAGCUCACUUGGGAACAUGUCUCAAGGAAGUUAGCAGAGCUUGGUUAUAAGAGGAGUGCAGAGAAGUGCAAGGAGAAGUUUGAAGAAGAAAGUAGAUACUUCAACAACAUUAAUUACAACAAGAGUUAUCGGUUUCUCAGUGAGCUUGAAGAGCUUUAUCAAGGUGAUCAAAACCCUGAUCAAGUUGGGAGUGAAAAGCCAAGCGAGGGACAAGACAAGAAUAUGGGUCAUCAUCAUCAUCAUCAUCAUGCAUUAAUGGAAGAGGAUUCAUCGAGAAACAUUAAUAUUGACGGAUCAGUGACCAAACAAAACGAGCAAAGUGGUUUGGAAAAAACAAAGGACCGGAGUAAGAGGAAGAGGCCUGAUAGGUUUGAGAUUUUCAAGGGUUUUUGUGAGAGUAUUGUCCACACCAUGAUGGCUCAACAAGAAGAGAUGCACAACAAGCUCCUUCAGGAUAUGCUGAAAAGGGAUGAAGAGAAGUUUACAAGAGAGGAAGCUUGGAAGAAGCAAGAGAUGGAUAAAAUGAACAAGGAGCUUGAGAUGAUGGCAAGGGAACAAGCUAUUGCUGGUGAUAGACAAACCAACAUAAUUGAAUUCUUGAAGAAAUUUUCUGAAAGUUCGUCUGCAAGUCAUAGCUUUGGAGGAGGAAAUGGAAAAGACAAAAACAAGGUAACAAAAGAUUCAAACACAAAUACCCGCAUUAUUACUUCUUCCCCAUUGCAUUCUCAAAACCCUAAUAAUCCUUCUUCUGCUGGCGAGAAAAGUCUUCAGUCAACACCUUCUUCUACUAUGAUUCUAAAUCAAGCUUUAACCACUACAUGUUAUGCACUCUCAGCUGAAAACCCUAGCUCAAGUCUUGCCCAAGAUAAAUCACAAGUUCCUUCUUCUUCAACUUCAGCCCCAGUUCCCCAGAACCCUAGUUCUUCACUAAAUUUUCCGAAUAAUAAUCCAUUAGAGACAAGUUCAAUUGCUAAUAAGGCCUCCUCAAACCUUACAUCCACAACUGAGAAAGACGAUGUUGGAAGAAGAUGGCCAAAAGACGAAGUGUUAGCACUGAUAAACCUCAGGUGCAGUAGUCUUAAUAACAACAAUGAAGAGAAGGAAGGAAACAAGGCUCCUCUAUGGGAGAGAAUCUCACAAAGGAUGUUGGAGUUGGGAUACAAAAGAAGUGCAAAGAGAUGCAAAGAGAAGUGGGAGAACAUAAACAAGUACUUCAGAAAAACCAAGGAUGUGAAUAGGAAGAGAUCCCUCGAUUCUAGAACUUGUCCUUACUUCAAUCAACUGAGCAAUCUUUAUAAUCAAGGAAAACUUGUUCUACAAUCUGAAAGCCACUUGAAUAAUCCACCAGCGAAUCCUGGCCAAGUAGUGUCACCAGAUCAAACCCAAGCUCAUGAGUUUUCUCAAGUGGGGUCUGGUGGUCUCAGUAUGCAGGUUGAUCAUGGAGGUGAGAAAACUUUGAUGCAAGUACCUUCUUUGGAUUUUGAUCAGUUUUAAUUCAUUAUAUUGAUUUGUCCAUUUUCUAUGACAUAAUAAGUACCACUUCUUUUGUAACUUGUGUAUUUUUCUUUUUUCUUUUUGGUUGAUGGUGCCUUUCUUUUAUAGCAUAUAAUUGAAUGUAUAUUUUGAUAAACUUAGAAUUUGGUGAGCACCGACAGCUUGAGGAAUGAGAGCAAUAUUUCUG